AUGCCUUCUAGCAAUUCAAUUUCUGACCAUUUAUUUCGAUUAGACGUGUAUCUUUAUGAAAGAAAUUUACAAGAGGCCACCAAGGAAUUGAACACAAUAAUUGAUUAUCUCCAGAAAAAUAAAACGGAUGAUAUAACAAAAAAAGCACUUGUUUUACAUAUAAUUAAAAGAAUAAACGUCAAUUACGAACUUGAGCAUUAUCAAAAAGUGUUAAAUGACUUUCAAAUGUUAAGUGACCUUGGCGAAGAUCCUAAAAAAACAAAAGGUUUAUUUUUAAUCAAAGAAAAAGCAACGAUGACAGUUUUACUCGAUGAAACGAAUAGACGAUUUGCACAAGCUGUUCUUGAAUAACCAGCACCUCGUACACUGAGACAACGACGGUGGCGUGAUAAUCGUAAAAGUAGACCUUAUCCAACUCAAUUAUCUUCGCUGAUUCCACCUGUUGAACCUAUUGUAAAUAAUUUGUUAUAA